AUGGUAAAAUAUCUCAACUUUUACCUGGCUGUUUUCCAGGCCUUUGGCAUCGAUGAGAAGACUGGUGUCAUAUAUGUGAAUGAAAAUAUUGACAGGGAGGUCCGAAAUGUUUACGAUCUCACAGUGACUGCUCAGGACCAAGGCAAACCACCACUUUCUUCCUCCGUUCCUGUUCGAGUUCACAUCUCGGACAUCAAUGACAACGCUCCCGCAUGCAAUUCCGUUGCGACAAUGCUAGUACCAGCUGAUUCGGCUCCGGCUACGACUGUAGGCACUAUCGUAAUCACCGACCCGGACAAUGGUCCGAACGGCACAGUAAUCUACCGUAGUCAACAAGCACAUCAGCUAUUUGUUGUGAAGAGCAAUGGAGAUGUGCAAUUGCGGCGUGCGCUUACAGAAACCGAUCCCACUGAUGUCCGAUUGUCCAUAAUCGCAUCUGAUCAAGGAAAUCCAAGAAAAUCCACGGUAUGCCAUGUACAAUUGCGCAUAGGAAAGGGCACAUCUACAGUGAAAGUGGUGGAGCCAUUUGAAAGGUAAGG